AUGGUGCUCUUUGACUGGCUGAACGAAUUGGCAGGGCCUUGCUGCAUCACGGGGCCGUGUUUCAAUUGUCCCGGACCAGCAAGCAAAGGUGGCCGCUCCCACCGCGAUCAAAUCUUGAGGACCUUGCGCAGUCCCGGUCACGAGGUGGAGUUGGCGAUUUCUCCGAUUGGGCGCAUGAGGGGAUUGGCGGGAUACCACAGCUCGUUGCUGAUCGCUGGAGAGGAGUACUACUUCAGCCCCACUGGCAUCCACUGUUAUCCGAAGAUCUACAGCCACCCGGAUGAGGGCGUGACCAAAGUCUUCAUCGGACUUAGCGAAGCGUUGGCCCUGCUCAGUUUUACGACUGGCAUGGCGGAUGUCGAAGCUGUGUUUGGCUUCGGCUCCAACAGCGUUCGGUUGCGAGGCCGAUUGGAGGAUCCUGAGAUUAGUGGCGUCCCUGCCCGUGUCCGGAACUACGCGCUGGCUUUCUGUGGCCCCAACCGGACCUGGGCGCAAGCCGAUGGGCAGCCUGUAGGUACGGCGACGCUGAUACAGAAAGACGGGCAAGUUGCUUUGGGCACCGUUGUGUACCUCUCCGACAAGCACAUGGAUGUUCUGGACGGUUACGAAGGCGUUCCCUUCGUCUACCGCCGCGAGAAACUUUCGGGAGAAGUCUACCGAGAUGGCAAAUGGAUCCCGAAAGAACUCUGGGCCUACAUAAAGGCCGAUUCCAUGGAUUGGUACCGGCCCAGUGAGGCCUAUUGCUGCGCAAUCCUGACCAACCUUUCUGGCAGCUUUUCGGGCACCUACGAGUUGCCCCUCCGAGAUGCUGAAGGUGUGGUCCGUGAGACCUGGACACAUCCGGGGGUGCCAUCUCUGAAGAGCAUGGAAGCGUGCCUCUUCGAGGUGGGCAUUCGCAAGGAACGGCCCUGGGUCAUGCCUCGCACCAUCGCUGGAAAGAGACGGGGCCUGGGCGGCUUGAACCUGGCUGGUAUAGUCCAGGCAGUCAGAGAAGGCCGUCCACCUGCAGAGCUCGACGAGGAGGACUGCCGGAUCCUCCUUGAGCUCACCUCUGAAGCCGAAGGUCGCGACAAGCAUCCUGAGCCCACCCCACAUGAGGGGGCUGGGCCGACUCGCGUUCCCUUCGAAGAGGCUUUGAAGCUGACCUGA